AACGCUCCGCCGCCCACGAGGACCCCGACGGCCGACCUCAUGGCCCCGCUCUUCCCUCUGCUGCUGGCUGCAUGGAUGGGGCUUGGCCUGACAGGGACCCCCACGCCCCCGACGUCCCCCCAGGUGCGGCUGGCCAACGGCCCCCACCGCUGCGCCGGCCGGGUGGAGGUCUUCCAGGAGGGGCAGUGGGGCACCGUGUGCGACGACGGCUGGGAUCUGCGGGACGUGGCCGUGCUGUGCCGGGAGCUGGGCUGCGGCCAGGCCCGGGACGCCCUCGCGGCCUCAGUUUACCCGCCGUCGGCCCCGGAGCGACAACCCAUCUGGCUCCAGAACGUCCAGUGUGAGGGCGGCGAGGGGGAGCUGGCCCAGUGCGACGCGAUGGAGGCCUUCAACUGCGAACACGUACAGGACGCCGGGGCCGUGUGCGAAGAGACCCCGCUACCCGUAAAGGUGCGGCUGGUCAACGGCCCCCACCGCUGCGCCGGCCGGGUGGAGGUGUCCCGCGAGGGACAGUGGGGCACCGUGUGCGACGACGGCUGGGAUCUGCAGGACGUGGCCGUGCUGUGCCGGGAGCUGGGCUGCGGCCCGGCCCGGGACACCCCCGCGGCCUCAGUUUACCCGCCGUCGGCCCCGGAGCGACAACCCAUCUGGCUCCAGAACGUCCAGUGUGAGGGCGGCGAGGGGGAGCUGGCCCAGUGCGACGCGAUGGAGGCCUUCAACUGCGAACACAGAGAGGACGCCGGGGCCGUGUGCGAAGAGCCGGAGGAGGAGGUGGUGUGGCGGCUGGCGGCCGGGCCCGGGCCCUGCUCCGGGCGCGUGGAGGUGAAGCACCUGGGGCAGUGGGGCACGGUGUGCAGCGACGGUUGGGACCUGCGGGACGGCCGGGUCCUGUGCCGGGAGCUGGGCUGCGGGAGGCCCAGCUGGGCCCGCGGCCGCUGCGACGGCUCGGCCGGCGGGGCCGGCCCCGUCUGGCUGGCCCGGGUGGGCUGCCGGGGCUACGAGGCCCGGGUGGCCCGGUGCCCGCACCCGCCCUGGGCCCACAACAACUGCACCCACCGACAGGACGCCUGGGUCCACUGCCACGAGCGUUUCUCGCUGCGGCUGCGGGGCCCGGGUCCCGGGCGCUGCGCCGGCCGUCUGGAGGUCCGCCACAACGGCACGUGGGGCCCCGUCUGCGACCGGGGCUGGGGCCCGCGCCCCGCCCGGGUGGCCUGCCGGGAGCUCGGCUGCGGCCCGCCCCGCGGCACCCCCGGCGGGCGGGGGGCCCCGCCCCCGGCCCCGCCUGGCUGCUGGGCCUGCGCUGCCGCGGGGACGAGCCCAGCCUCCAGGACUGCGCCCACCCGCCCUGGGCACGGGCCGCCUGCCCCCCACGACGGCACGUCACCCUCGUCUGCGCAGGAGACGAGUGAAGGGGCUUGGCCCUGCGCAGACCACCCCCACGGCCUCGCCGCAGACCGGACCUGCCGGGACCCCCGGACUCCUCCUCCUCCUCUUCCUCCUCCUCCCCUUCCUUCGGCCGGGGUUGGGGUCCCCACCUCAUCCCCCCCCACCUUCCCGCCUCAGCCCAGCUCUCCUCACCCUGAGCCCCGACGAAGGAGGGGCGACAGGGCCGCAGGGGAAGAAUUAAAGCGCAUCGUCUGUGUCCUGAGAGCUGACCGGUCGCUGACCAUUCCUCUCCCGCCCCGGCCGUCACGUGGGUCCCGGGCCCCUGGCCGGCCCACAGACCUGACAGGACGGGCGGACGGACGGACCGAGGGUGGACGGACAGACGAGGCGUCAGUCCGGUCCCGGGGGAACGGCCGGGCCAAGUGUUUUUAA